CACAUAGCCAAGUAUUUAGCUAGCAGCUCAUUAGCCUACACACUAAUUAGCCUACAUAGCUAGCUAGCUAAUAAUACAUCGUUUAACAUUUUCAAAAAUGUACUGACUUACUUACUUGAAUAGGUUCAUGCCCACGCCAACGAAGCUGUCAAUCUUUUGUAGCGAAGCGUUGUCGAGCGGAGCCACCUCUUCUGGUUGAGACGUUUCACACGCUUUGAAAACAUGCCAUACUUUUCGCGGUGUAUUUGAACGUUCUAAAAUGCCAAUGACAUUCAAAAUACUGUUGUCACAACAUUAGAUGAUUGCUUGUUGAUGUUUCAAAGCAAAUGCACAAACUUAGUUUUGCAGAGCAUUUAAAAAUUAGGUAAUAAGAUAUUUGACAAUAAUCGACGUUAUUGAUUUUGCACUCUACAGCAAAGGCAUAGGAGCAAUGGAAGAGCCCACCUGCCAUGUCCAAGCAGGUAUUAUGCUGGAGGAUCUUAGGAAAUUAGUGACUUGGGCUCACUCUCAUGGCUCCCACUGUCCCCACAAGCUUUGGCACAAGGGAAAACUUAAUCCAGGGGUUGGGCAUCAGUGCAAAGUUAAUUGGAGAUGUGAGGUUGGACAUGCCUUCGACUGGGCCUUGACACUUGCCACAGAGGUGAAAGUUGAGGAGGAAAAGACAGAGGAGGUGGAUGUAGGUCAUAGGAGCAAGAGGAGGAGAAUACAAUGCCUGUCCUCGGAUGAGGAAGGGGAGAUGGUAUAUACCCCAUCCAUUGGGAAUAUUACUGAUGAAAAUGGGGUUGAAUCUGAUGUGAGCCUCUGUAGCCUUGUGACCCAUGUGUCAAGAGAGGGAGGAGAUGCCCCAGUGAGAAUGCGAGGAGAUGCCCCAGUGAGAAUGCUGGAAGAGGCCUUGACUUUAAAGUCCAAGCAGCAGAGAACUGUGAAACAACCAUUCUUUCCUAGGAUGAUUGUUAAGGAGCAAACCAAAGGCAAUAUCAACAUGGAAGUUAGGGUGGAGCUAGAGCAAAAGAACAAGGAGACAAACCAAGAGGGAAGGGGCAUUGAGAAGAGGACAGUUCUAAAGGAGGAAAGCCCAGGCCCAAAUGAAAACCUUAUUACAGCUCUUGACAUCACCCCUCUCCGAAGCUGCCUUUCAGACAUUGAGCGUGCCCCAGAAGAUGAGGAGUGGGCAACUCCUAAGGGUGUACAGUGUUCCCUCUCCCCUCCUAAACCCCUAUUCCAGGGCCAGGGUGAAACCCACAGGCAGGGCUCCUGUAGUGCUGCCGUCUUCCCACCUACACCUGAGAGAUCAGGUGCGGCCUCAGGGCACUGUCCCCUUAAUAAAGGCAAGGUUAAGGCAGCACCCAAGAAACCAGCAGAGAAAAGGGGGCCAAAGAGAGCAGAGGCCAGCCUGGGCAAUCUCAUGACCUUUGUCAUGUGGCUAAACUCUCAAAACCAUUCGGGGGCCCGCUGUCCAGGCAGCCUGCCUAUCGCCGAGCUGGACAGGUUAUUGGUCACCUUCUUCCAGUAUGUGUGGGAGGAGUCCCGCCUGCAGGCCCUGAGCAGCAGCACUCUUACGACAUACGCCCGUAUGCUGGACCGUGAUCUGCAGAACCAGGGCUGCAGCUUCAGUAUCCGGAAGUCAGCCGAGUUCACAAACACCAUUAGGGAACUGGAUAGCUGCUGCCAGCACUUGAAGCAGAGAGAGUGGGACAGAGAUAUCCUGGUAAUCCAGAGCUUGAGGAGAGAAGAGGAGGCUGCACUGAGGCAGGCAGGGGUACUGUCUAGGGCCACACCAGAUGGGCUGCUCAACCUGGUCCUGCUCAACAACCUCAAGGCCUUUGGGAAGUUCCACCUCCAGGGAGUCUGGCCCGGGCGAGUCUCCGACUUCCACACGGCCACGGAGACCCACCCAGGGACGGGCGACGGGGAAAAACUGGAAUACCUGGAGUGGAACAAUACUAAUUUCCCAGAACAGAGCCCCGUACGGAUGCACAGCCUGGCCGACGACCCAGAACGCUGCCCCCUGUGGGACUACAAGCUUUAUGUAUCCAAGCGUGUUGGAAGCCACCUGAUCGCCUCUGAUGCAAUGUACUGUUGCCCACUGAGCCAGUAUAGGCCCUGGGAUAAUUACUGGUUCAGCCGCCAUGCCAUGCCCAAACCUCGCCUGGAAAAGAUGAUUAAGUCUCUUAGCCACCAUAUACUCUCCGUUCGUAAUGGGAGGGCAGCAGCCGCAUAUUAGUCAGCAGGUACUAAUAGAAGAACAUUGAUUGUAUUUUAAAUGUAUACUGUAUACAUACAUUCAAAGUGUGAUGUCCUAGCAUGACGUGUGUUUAAUUAUACCAUUGAAUGUUGUAUGCUAUGUUAUGGUUGAAAUACUCAUAAAUGG